AUGGAUUCCAAUAACCCUAAUUGGCUUCCCUUCUCUCACUUUCACCCAUCUUUCUCCUCUCAUCCACCCAGUCAAGAAAAUGGCGCGCCGGAUCAGUAUCUGGCGGUUCUCGGCGACGACGGCGGCCGUCGGAAGCUGGAGGAUUUCCUCGGCGGUUCCUCCGACGCCAGAGCGGCCACUCCCGAUGUGGCGGAUGAGCAUCUCGACGGCGGAGCUCCGGCGGUCAACCCGUCAGGUGUGGGGAUCGGCCAAGACCCCCAGCUCAAGGCCCUGGCUGAUAGUUUCUUCAGCGAAGGGUUUCCAGCGGAGGGGACACGGAAGCAGAUGGCGGUGACGGCACCGUCGCCGGCUGAGCCGCCGGCGAGAAAGGGCGUGGAGAAUUUCGGCCACCGGACUUCGAUUUUCAGAGGGGUCACUAGACAUAGGUGGACAGGAAGGUUUGAAGCUCACCUGUGGGAUAAUAGUUGCAGAAGAGAAGGGCAAAGUCGGAAGGGCAGACAAGGUGGAUAUGAUAAGGAAGAGAAAGCAGCUCGAGCUUAUGAUCUUGCGGCCCUCAAGUACUGGGGUCCGACCACCACCACCAAUUUUCCGGUAACAAAUUAUGGGAGGGAGCUUGAAGAAAUGAAACAUAUGUCCAGGCAGGAAUUUGUUGCUGCACUAAGAAGGAAAAGCAGUGGGUUUUCUAGAGGCGCCUCCAUUUACAGGGGAGUCACAAGGCACCACCAGCACGGCCGAUGGCAAGCAAGAAUUGGAAGAGUUGCUGGCAAUAAAGAUCUUUAUCUUGGCACUUUUAGCACUCAAGAAGAAGCAGCCGAGGCUUACGACAUAGCCGCGAUCAAAUUCCGCGGCCCAAACGCGGUCACUAAUUUCGACAUGAGUCGAUACGACGUGGCAGGCAUUGCCAAUAACAAUUUGCCCAUCUCGUCGUCGAUUGAUAAACCUAAAACCUUGUCACAGUCGAUAUCGGACAAUCAAUGUGUGGAUGUGACCUACUCCUCGGACGAAAACAACAAGCUAGACCUAUCCCCUACCGCAACAUCACUACCCUUCCCGUCGCUCAAUUCACCCUCGACAUCGACUUUCGCGAUGCCCAUUGCGAAGCACGACCAUCCACCGCCAUCGAGCUUGUGGGCUGCGUUAGGCUGCCAAAACCCUAUUUCCGAUCCCAAUACGAAUUGUACAACUGUUGAAGGUACAACUUUGUACAACAUGGAAUUCGGGUCCAACUUGACGGUCAACUAUGAAAAUAAUAGUAGCAACCGUGAGGGGCGUUUCGACGAAUGCUGUUACAGUUACUACCAAGAUCAAGGCAUUAAUGUUUGCGCACCAUCGAGUCCGGAGGUGGGUACGACUCGCGAUGCAGAGGUUUCUGGCACUGAUGAUGGAAAUCGGGCACUGGCGGCACCACAACACGCGGCACAGUUGUUGGAAGAUGCGAAAUCGAGCCUAUCAUAUUUACGAAGGCCGAUUUUUGGCAUGGAGUGA